CGGUCAUGUAAACAGCAGCUCAUGCUCAGAGAGCAGCAGCUCUGACCUGGAAGUGAAACAGGACUUUCCUCCUGGACUUAAAGCCAUCAGCCGAACCGAACCUCUCAACAUGGAGAUUUCACUUGCAGGCAAACAGGCGCUGGUGACAGGAGCAGGAAAAGGUAUCGGCAGGGCCACAGCUCUGGCUCUGGCACGCUGUGGGGCGCGGGUCACUGCAGUCACACGGACACAGGCUGACCUCGACAGUUUAGUGCAAGAGUGUCCAGCCAUCAUCCCAGUGUGUGUGGACCUGGCGGACUGGGCUGCCACCGAGGCUGCCCUGAAGGACGUCAGCCCCAUUGAUCUGCUGGUGAACAAUGCCGCCUGCACCAAACUGCAGCCGUUCCUGGAGGUCACGGCUGACCAGUUUGAUCUGCUGUUUAACGUGAAUGUAAAAGCUGUGCUACACGUUUCUCAGAUGGUGGCUGGUGGGAUGAAGACCAGAGGGUCAGGCGGCUCCAUCGUCAACGUGUCCAGCCAAGCGUCUCAGCGCGCCCUGAGGGAUCAUACUGUUUACUGUUCCACUAAAGGAGCCCUGGACAUGCUGACCAAAGUGAUGGCCCUAGAGCUUGGACCCCAUCAGAUCCGUGUGAACAGCGUCAACCCUACAGUUGUUAUGACAAAGAUGGGUCGCCUGGGCUGGAGUGAUCCGGAAAAAGCCCAGACCAUGAAGUCCCGCAUCCCCCUGGGCCGCUUCGCAGAGGAGGAGGACGUGGUGAACAGCAUCUUGUUCCUGCUGAGUGAGAAGAGCAGCAUGAUUAAUGGAGUGGCCCUGCCAGUGGACGGAGGCUACCUGGCCUGCUGAACAUCACCAGGACUUCCAGCUGAUCAGAGGCAGACAUGCUGACAGCUCAGGGUUUUACCCAAACAUUCAGAUGGUCCAAAAUAAACGGGUUUAUUGUUGUUGAAUCAUUUUUCUUACCUUGUCUGUGGGGUUCUGAACAUCAGAAAAUUACAUCCAAGGUGCAAAUGUAGAUCUCAGUGAAAUAAAAACAUAAAAAACAA